CACCUCUUGACCUAAUGACAGACUUCGCCAGCCAGAAACAUGGCGCUACCUGCGAGGAGACGAAACAGCUUCUACCGUACACUGAAGAAUGUCGAGCCAGAUCUUGAGGAUUUGGUUUUUGACAGAGGUGCAUCUGCAACAGCACAAAACAAAUGGCUUUUCGAAAUUGCAUGGGAAGUUGCAAACAAAGUUGGUGGCAUCUACACUGUGAUAAAAACAAAAGCCCCAGUGACGGUAGAAGAAUGGGGGGAACAGUAUUGCCUGAUGGGCCCCUACAACGAGGCCUGUGUGCGCACAGAAGUGGAAAUUCUCGAACCUCAUCAUCAUGUGUAUCGAGAGACCAUUGGCAAUAUGAGGAAGGCUGGCAUCAAGGUAUACUUCGGUCGUUGGCUGAUUGAUGGCUACCCCAAAGUGGUUCUGUUUGACAUCGGGUCGGCAGCCUGGAAGCUCGAUGAGUUCAAGCACGAGCUUUGGGAGACAGCUAACAUCGGCAUCCCGUGGCACGACCGCGAGUCCAACGACGCAGUUAUAUUUGGUGCCCUGGUCGCCUGGUUCUUGGGAGAUUUCAUCAAGAACACCCAAGGGGAGCCCAUGGUGACAGCCCAUUUCCAUGAGUGGCUGGCAGGUGCCGGUCUGAUCUACACAAGAACGCGGAAACUUAACGCUGCACUUAUGUUCACGACUCAUGCUACACUGCUCGGACGCUACCUCUGCGCCGGCAGUGCCGAUUUCUACAACAACCUGGAUAAGGCGGAGCACCUGCUCAAAAGGAAACCGGAUGUAAUCACACCUAACGGUCUCAAUGUGGUCAAGUUCAGUGCUCUUCACGAGUUCCAGAAUCUUCACGCUGUCAACAAGGAAAAGAUCAACGAUUUUGUCCGUGGACAUUUCUACGGACAUUAUGAUUUUGAUUUGGACAAGACGCUGUACUUUUUCACGGCGGGCCGCUAUGAGUUCUCCAACAAGGGAGCGGACAUGUUCAUUGAGUCUUUAGCUCGGCUCAACUAUUACCUCAAGUCGUGUAACAGCGACGUGACGGUGGUGGCGUUCCUCAUCUUCCCCGCCAAGACCAACAACUUCAACGUGGAGUCGCUGCGAGGGCAGGCCAUUGCCAAACAGCUGAAGGAGACAGUGAACACCGUGCAGAACCAGAUCGGGCGCCGCUUGUAUGAUAUAUGCUUGAGAGGCAGUUUGCCGAGUGGUGAUGACAUUUUCACCCAAGACGACGUGGUCAAGCUGAAGCGUUGCAUCUAUGCUGCCCAGCGCAACAGUCUGCCCCCCAUCUGCACGCACAACGUGAUGGACGACUCCAACGAUCAAGUCCUCAACCAGAUCCGCCGCUGCAACCUCUUCAACAACAGACACGACAGAGUUAAAAUCGUGUUCCACCCAGAGUUCCUCAACUCCACCAACCCGCUGUUUGCCCUGGACUACGAAGACUUUGUCCGCGGCUGCCACCUGGGCGUCUUCCCCAGCUACUACGAGCCCUGGGGGUACACGCCAGCGGAGUGCACGGUCAUGGGCAUCCCCAGCAUCACCACCAACCUGUCGGGCUUCGGCUGCUUCAUGAGUGACCACAUAGUGGACCCCAAGUCGUACGGCAUCUACAUCGUGGACCGGCGCUACAAGAGCCCAGAGGACUCAGUGCGGGAGCUGGCACAGGACAUGUUUGACUUUGCCUGCCUGUCGCGCCGCCAGAGAAUCAUUCAGAGGAACCGCACGGAGCGACUGAGCGAGAUGUUGGACUGGCGGAACCUUGGCAUUUAUUAUCGCAAGGCGAGAAAUCAAGCUUUGACCAAAGUGUUUGGGGAGAGAGCUGAUGUGGAUGCGACUUCG